AGAUGAAUAUGCAAGUGUUGAUGACGAGAUAUCACUAGAAGGACAUCAUGGAAUUUUUAUCCUAGACGAGUGUGAGCGGUAGGCUGUCGUCUUGAGCUCACUAUGUCAUAAUGUCAUCUGUCUAAGUAUCUCUCCUGUCUCUAAGAUUGCGAUUGCCUAUUCACGAAGACUCCGUCCGAAUAAUCUGUGAACCAGUCAGACGAACGAGUUGUAUAACUCGCGUGAAAUCCCGUCCCUCUUCCCGUAUCCUCUUUGAGUUAUUCCAUUUUUAUCCUCUCACGUGGAGCAUUUCCACGUUCUUACUUUCCGUCUUGGUAAGUAACCAAGUUAAAUGAGUACUUAGGCAUCGGAUGUGACUCAUCCCUAGCAUUAGAGUUUACGCCUGCAUCUUCCAGGAGGUCUUAUUGUAAAGGUACACAGGAGUAGUGCUGAUAGCCAGCACCCUGUGUGGCACAUCAUUGUAAUUUUUCCUAUUUCCAUUCGUAUUGAUUCCCAUUUUCUAUUCACAUUUCUACUGCGAUUUUUAUCACUUGUCUCUUUUCAAAGAAGUACAAUCGAGCGGCGCUUCACUCAGGACUUCUUUCCUUCACGAUGUUGUCCCGAGGGAGUGGGAAGAUUCCUAUCCGGCCAGCACGACCACGUUCUGCUUACCCGCAUACCUACAAGCGUCGGUUUCCUGCAAAAAGUCAGAGGUGGUUCACAUCCACGGCCACGGUUCCAGCGAAUGGCACGAAGUACGACGCCAUCAUAGUUGGGGGUGGCGUUGCUGGUGUGAACAGCGCCAAUGCGUUCGCGAAGCGGGGACAGAAAACCCUUUUGCUCGAGCAGAACUCCCUCACUAGCGGUUCCACUUGGCACGCUGCAGGACUAAUCACGCACUUCAAAGGCAACCCUUUAGUAGCAGAAUUGGCGGAAUAUGGCGGACGAGUGUAUCGUGAACUCCAAGAGAGAGGGCAAGACAUUGGGUGGCACCCGACUGGGAGCUUGGGAAUUGCGCGGUCAGACGAGACAGCAGAAGCCUUACUGGGAGCCUUGCAGGGCUGCCGCUACAUGGGCCAUGAGCAUCGAUUGCUGUGGGACUUGAAAGAAGCACAAAAAAUCCAUCCCUUCCUCGAGAAUCCGGGAGGCGACUUUAGAUUGGGUACCUACUUGCUUUAUACUUAUAAGUCUCCGGCCGCUUCCCCUCCAGCUCCAGUACCGAUAGUCUCCGACCGUUUUCUUGCGGAAACGCACGGGAAGGUCCCCGGGCAUACUUCCAGAAAAGAAGCCGGAAAAAUUCCCGACGGGGGUAUGGGCGCAAGUGUGGGAUAGAAGUCGGACGAAAGAAGACGGACGAAAGACAUCCGGCCGACGACACGCAACGCCAUCAGCCGGACGAAAGACGUCAGCCGGACGAAAGGCGUCGGCCUGACGAUAGAAGAAAGAUAGACGGUCUGACGAAGGGCGUCGGUCUGACGAAAGGCGUCGGCUUUCCGAGAGGCUGACACCCCUCCGGCAGGCGACGCCUCUGUCUCUCACCGACGGAAGACGAAGGAGAGAGAGUCUUGCACGUGGAGAGACCCAGCCAGCGCGGCCAUGCGUUGCCUUUUCUUGGCUCGUCAAGGUCCCCAUGCCCUCGCUCUUGCCUGCCACCGCGGGCCGGCUAUAAGCAGUGGGCCCUGCGGGUCCGUCCUUCUGCGUGUCUGGUGGUUCUCUUCUAGUUUUUUGUUGGAUUGCCGUGGGGGUCUUGCAAAUUCCGAAGAAUUUGCGUGACCCUCCCGGUAGUCCAAUAAAGAGCCAAAAGAAGCCCGCCUAUCUUCCCAUGGAUCGACGUAGCUAAGUAUCGUAUGUGAGUGCCAGCAGUCUCGCCAUAGUCAGCUCAUCAUGGUGCACUACCCAGCCCGCGGGCUGUCUGUAGCUGUAGCUAGCCUGUGGGCGAAGAACUAGAAGUGCGAAAUUUGGAGCCGGGCGAAGCUUGUGGAGGCUAAUUCUAUUAGAUUUAGAGUCAGCUUUAGGCUGGGGCUCGAGUUUGGACGUUGAAAAUACCGCUUGCUACAGAUGCUAUGUAGUAAACUUCUACUUGCUCUAGAUGUUGAAAGCUUCCCAAUGAACCACUUUGCUUCAGCUAUCCACUCUCCGAACGAUGGUAUCGUGAAUCCCGCGGACUGCACGAUGGCUGUCGCGAAGCAGGCUAGAGAGGCCGGCGCAGAAAUAAGGGAGGGGCUUCGCGUGGUCGGAUUCGGUCUGUCUCCUUGCCGCACUCGGAUUGUGUCUGUCCGCUUUGUGCCCAACGACGCGACGACGGGAGAAUUGAAGGGGGUUGACUUCUCAGCUGCGGAUGUGCAAGAGGUUUUUCUGAACCCAGGAGCAGCGAAUGGAGGAAAUGUCGUCAUUGCAGCGUCCGCGUGGACCAGGGGUUUGUGCCGCGACGAGCUUCAGGAAUACUUGCCCUUAGGCUACGCUCCCCACCAGUACACCAUUUUCAACCGAAUUGAGGGCGUCUCGAACAAGUUGCCGGUAGUGCGCGACUACGUCGGCAAGUACUACUUGAAGCCGGAGGUAGGCGGCUUGAUGGUUGGUGUUUUCGAGGGACAGCCGAUUCCGAAUGGCAUCCCAGAUUUCGUGCUUGAGCGCAGUGUCACGGGAUACGUCCCGGCCGAUGCCUCGCACGAACUCUUUGAGGAGUCUUUGGAAAAAGCAGGACCCGAGUUUGAGGACGCGGUGAACCAGUUUCCAGUAUUGCAGGAAACAGAAAUCAAGCAGUGGCUGCACGGUCCGGAUACGCACACUCCUGAUCACUCCAUCCUCGUCGGUCCUCUGAUCGGGCUGGAUAACGCUUUUUCGGCGGGAGGAUUCAACUCACAGGUACUUAGGACUUCACUAUUUUCGAUGCCACGAAGAUAUUGUUCUGUUAUCAGGAGUGUUCAUUGGAUGGAGGAAGUAAAGUCUCAGAUGGUAAUCAACAAGUACCAAUCAGUGUGUGACUUCCGAUCUUCCAUCGCCUCAGUGUUAAUAUCUAAUUACCCUUCUUAAUUCACUUUUCUUCUAUAAUUUUACAGGGUAUUCAAUGCGGUCCCGGAGUCGGCGUCGCGCUUUCGGAGUGGGCAUUAGAUGGGUAUCCACGUUCCUUUUCGAACCAUUUCGAGGGUGCUAAGUUGGCCCGUUUCAACCCGGAUAUCGCAAACAACGACGAGUGGUGCGCCUAUCGUGCUUUGGAGUCUUAUGGUGGCACUUUCGAGCCCCACUUUCCGCGCGAGGCUGAUGAAAGUGUGCGGGGUCUGGCGAUGAAGUCGCCUUUCCAUGAUCAACUAAUUGCCGGCGGCGGCGUCUUCAGCGAAGCCUUCGGGUGGGAACGGCCGAUGUAUUUUGAGGCUGGGAACAAGGACUUGCAUAGCAAAGGUCCCACCGAAUGGAUGAAUCUGACACCACAUCCGACAAGCGCUACGUCCGUGCCGCGUGAUCAGCUCGCAUUUGCGUAUAAGGACUCGGCUUGGUUUGCGCGCGAACAGCACGAGGCGCGACACUGCCGCAACGAGGCUGUAGCGUUCGACAUGACGCCGUUCGGAAAAGUGGUCGUGAAAGGCAAGGACGCGACCAAAUUGGCGAACUUCGCCGUCUGUGCAGACGUGGUAAAUGCGGAGAAGAACAUCGUCUACACGUGCUUUGCAAAUGAUAGCGGCGGCAUUUUGGGCGAUCUCACAGUGUGUCGCAUUGCGGCAGACGAGUACUACUGCGUAGUCCCUGCGGCUGACCCCUUCGAGUUCCUUCGACACCUUCGAGUGUGCCGCGACCAACUGGCCAAAGAAGAAGGCACUGGCGGUAGCGCAGUCGACGUCGAAGUAGCGCAUGUGACACGAGACGUGGGCACACUCGCCGUAAUGGGUCCGAAGACUCGCGGGAUCUUCGAGAACAUGUACCCAAAUACUAAGUUUGACGACGGAAGCUUCCCGUUUUCGACGAUGCAAGAUUUAGAACCGGGUGUCCGCGCCCUGCGCGUGUCGUUCGCAGGCACGUUAGGUUGGGAAUUGCACGUCGAGAACGCCAAGGCAGGCGACGUCUACAAACGUGCGUUCGAGGCGGCGAAGAAGGCUAACGUGGAUCUGCAGAACGCGGGGAUGUUUUCGCUGUUGAACUCGUUGCGCAUCGAGAAGGCUUUCCCGCACAACGGCCACGACACGUUUCCGCUCGUCACCCCCAUGGAAGCGGGACUGGCGUUCUGCGUGGACAUGAAGAAACCGGGAAAAUUCCGCGGCUUCGACGCAUUGAAGGAGCGAAGGAAGGCCGGCGCCAGACAGCGCAUUUGCAGUUUCGUCUUGGAAGACGCUGAUGCCUCACCGCACGGGCACUAUGCGGAAAUUAUCUACCGUCGUAACCCAGCCACAGGCGAAUUCUCGCAAAAGUGCGGCUACUUGACCAGCGGUGGCUACUCGCACACGCUGGAUAAGCCAAUUGGCCUGGGGUUCGUCAGCAUGGAGGCUGAGUCGGCGGAGACGAGAAAAAAGCCGAAAAAGUGGCUGGAAAGCGGAGAAUACGAGAUCGAGUUGGUGAAGAGUGGCAAGAUCACACGCACGCCUGCAAAGUGCGUUAUGGGCGCUGUUGUCAAAUAAAAAGGCUUAUAUUUUAAGCUUAGUGUAAUAUUCUCUUCCGAGUCCUGUUUAGAGAGAUGGGAUUGGGAAGAAAAGUAAGUUUUUAUGGUAGUUAUAGUAACCUUUCUCUUUACAUUUACUUAUACCAUCUGACGGAUCUUCGUCUCAUCUUUACUGAUAUCUCUUUGCUGACAUCGUCGGUACAAUCUGCAAAAGGGACAACUUUCUAUACCCUUUUUAUUAUUCUAACUACAACUACUACUUGAUUGUCAAUGUCCUGUACAGCUUACCUACCCCGGAGAACGCAUCCCUUGGGGCGGAAAGAUACAACUAGUUUCAUAUCAUGAUUAGGCCGCUUCUUGGGGCUUGCGUAUUUCCAUUUCUAGUCCUAUCUAAUAAAUAUGCCAUCUUACCAAUCUGGGCCAUUUUACACCGACCUCUACUUCCGCACGUGUUCGAGGUAGAAAAUUUUUAGAACUCUUAGAACCAACUGUUUGCAAUUCCGGUUGAUUUAACUUAUCACUUUGCAGUAAGUACUAGAAUGAAGUGCUGGUCGUUUGGAGAUUAUUUCAGAAAAGAUCGUAGCACUUUCCGCACGCUCCGUGGAACGUUAGUCAAAGAAGCUUUUUGAGAUUUUGAUUAUUGCACAUGGUCGUCAUAUUAGAAGAGUUUAGUAGACACCAGAGUAGAACAAGUAAUGCAGUAUUUCGAUGCAAUUUCAGUCCUGGAGUAAAGUUAUUUCAAAAUCGCGGGGUGGUGCUCUGCAAGUGUAGAUAAGUUUAGCUUGAUUGAACAUCAGAAAGCGCAACAAAAAA